GCUUGAAGCUUGUCAGUUGUCACUCAUAGUCAUAGUAAUCUAAGCCAAAAAUCUCUCGGCUUUUUCUCCGGCAGGUGUAGCCGGAACUUCGCCGGAAUGUGGAAGCCACGCGCUGUUCCUCGUGCACUCUCUCUGUUUCUUUUUCUUCUUCAUUCUCUGGUCUCUGCAAAAGGAUCUAACAGAACAACUUGGAACACUCUCAGAGGAAGUCCACCAUUGGUCAUAGCACGUGGUGGUUUUUCAGGGAUAUUUCCUGAUUCCAGUGACGUAGCCUAUGAGUUGGCUAAAGAAAUUGGUUUAAGAAACCUCAUUGUAUGGUGUGAUGUGCAAUUAACGAAAGAUGGGGAGGGGAUCUGCUUCCCAAACAUCAAUCUUGAAAAUGCUACUCACAUUGAUCAAGUUUUUAAACAUAGAAAUAGUACUUACUCCGUCAAUGGUGUUCAAACCAGUGCCUAUUUUGCUGUGGAUUUCACCUUUAAGGAGCUGUAUUCCAAUGUCAACUUGGUUCAAGGAGAUUCUGUUCGAUCAGACAGGUUUGAUGACAGUGAUUAUAAAAUUCUUACUGUGAAUAGUUUGGUUGAACUAUUAUCUCUGCCAGGAUUGUGGUUGAAUAUUCAGCAUGAAGCAUUCUACUCACAACACAAUUUGAGCAUGAAAAACUUCGUACUUUCUGUUUCUAGAACAGUAAAUGUCGAUUAUAUAUCAUCACCUGAAGCUGGUUUCCUGAGAAGUAUAAGUGCACACAUCAACCCAAGAAUAACAAAACUGGUCUUCAGUUUUCUGGAAAAAGAUGAUGUAGAUCCAUCAACCAAUCAGACUUAUGGUUCACUUUUGAAGAAUCUAACAUCUAUCAAGACAUUUGCUUCAGGAAUUCUUGUUCCCAAAGGAUACAUAUGGCCUGUAGAUCCAACAAGUCUUUAUCUACUACCACAUACAUCUUUGGUCUCUGAUGCGCACAAAGCAGGGCUGGAAGUCUUUGCUGCAGAUUUUCUGAAUGAUGUUCCAAUAAGCUAUAACUACAGUCAUGACCCAGUUGCUGAGUGCCUCAAUUUCAUUGACAAUCGAAACUUCUCUGUUGAUGGUGUGCUGUCUGACUUCCCCCUAACACCAUCAGAAGCUAUAGACUGCUUUGCUCACAUGGGCCUCAAUGCUCCAAAGAAAGUUAACACUUUGGUCAUUUCAAAAUAUGGAGCAAGUGGAGACUAUCCUCCUUGUACCGACUUAGCAUAUGAAAAGGCUAUUUCAGAUGGUGUGGAUAUUCUUGACUGUCCUGUUCAAAUGGCAAAGGAUGGAAUACCAUUUUGCUUAAGCUCUAUUGAUCUUAUAGAGAGCACAAAUGUUGUUCGAUCAAGUUUCAGCAAACUUGGCAAAAUUAUACCAGAGAUCAAAUCUAGCAAUGGAAUAUAUACAUUUGACUUGGCAUGGAAUGAUAUAAAAAGCUUGACCCCCUCAAUGUUGAACCCAUAUUCAAAGUACAGUUUGUAUAGGAACCCAAAAUAUAACAAGAAGGUGGAAUUUUUAACAUUGUCAGAUUUCUUGAACUUGACAAAAGGUCAUACUUCCCUAUUAGGUGUUGUGAUCAUCAUUGAGAAUGCAGCCUAUCUUGCGAGUAAAGAAAACUUAAGUGUGACUGAUGCAGUCAUUGAUACUUUAAGCAAAGCAGGUUAUGAUAAACCAGGGGCUCCAAAAGUUAUGAUUCAAUCUACUAAUAGUUCUGUACUUCUGAAAGUCAAGAAUAAAACCAAGUAUGAGCUUGUCUACAAGAUUGAUGAGAUAGUUCAUGAUGCUGUUGAUUCAGCUAUUUCGGAUAUCAAAAGAUUUGCUCAUUCUGUGGUUAUCCAGAAGGCCUCUGUUUAUCCUGUUUCUAAACUCUUCGGGAUGGGCUCUACAAAGAUUGUGCCGAAGUUCAAAUCUUCUAACCUCUCUGUUUACGUAGAAACAUUCAGCAACGAGUUUGUAUCUCAGGCAUGGGAUUUCAUGUCAGAUGCAACUGUGGAGAUCAACACAUUUGUUCAAGAUGCCGAAAUUGAUGGUAUCAUCACGGACUUCCCAAAAACAGCUAAUAGAUACAGAAGGAACAGAUGCUUAAAUUUGGGUAACAACACACCUCCUUACAUGUUACCAGUUGCAGUAGGUACCCUUUUACAACAAAUGGCUACGUUGCCACCGGCUUUAGCUCCUUCCCCUCCCCUGACCGAAGCUGAAGUGACAGAACCCCCUUUGCCUUCCCUUUCUAAAAUAGCCCCAUCUAGCCCCAUUGCUGGGACUGGACCAGGAGCACAACCGCCGCGAAAUGCACAGGCUAAGGUCACUGUCUGCUUCUUUUUCUCCUCUCUCACUAUGCUUGUAGCUUCUCUUCUACUUUGAGUGGUGCAGGCUUCCCAAUUCCCAUUAGGGAAAAAGAGAUUGAAAGAAAGGGUUGGUUAUGCCGGCUUUAGCUCUCUAGUUCCCCUAUUAUUACUUACUGGGUUAAGCAGAAUGAAGCUUUUGGCUUCAGUAUGCUUGAAUAAUCCUGAUUUCUUAUUUGCAGACAGUAGUAAAUUAUUUCCAUUAAAUGUUGUAGCUAGGUAUAUUCCCCCUUCUCCAAUCUCUCUUCAGUUGUAUUUGUAGCAGUAAUUAUCCUGACGGGUACAUAUCUGAAAUCUAUUUUAGAUGAGCCUUUUGUAUCUUCUGCUGGAUAUAUUUACUUAGUGGUGUGCAUUUGACAUGAGAAAAACAAGGCACAGGUUGGAGGUCCAGCGUAUGGGGAUUUUGGGAAUUAUCCAUUGCAUGUGGAUGGGUUAAUUUAGUUGUUUCAAUAUUAGAAGUUCAUUUUCAUC